AUGGCCGGUUACAUUUCACUACUUCAGUGCUGGAUUUACGAGCACUUUCUGUCGGUCCAUCGAUGUGUCAUUGAUACUUAUGCUGAGGCUAGCCCACGUGCCUGUAGGUGGCUUACGGGUAAGGCCCAGAUGACAGGGAUUAAGGGAGCCCCGUACCGAGCACGUAUUGAUGCCCUGACAGUGACCAACAUCAUCGUCUACAUUCGACUAGAGAGGGUGGUUCGGCAGUUUGGGUACAUUCAGACCAUUCCUCCACCGCCGGUUCGUGAUUCAUUGACAGGUACUGAUAUAGACGACCGGUGGGUACACUUUUCAGAUCAUCUGGUGCCUACAGGGGAGCUCUAUGUAGUUCCUGGGCAGGUGGCCCCAGACUACAUGGAGUGGUUUUUUCAGAUUUUGUACCCUUUUGUGACGCCGACGGAGGAGAUUGCUGAGCCGAGACCUGCGCCUCCCCCUCCCCCUCAUGAUGAUGACUUCGUCGAGCCACCUAUCCCCGAGGUUCUAGUCGUGUCGGAUCUCCCUAAGCAUUCUGUGGUUGAUUGCACAGGAUGUGUAAGGAUUGUUGAGCAUUUGGAGCAGGUCAUCAAUCUCAGGAUGGUCACUGAAGGGACUGACUUAUAUGAUAUCAUGGAUCUUUGUCUGAGGAUAGCUAGAGUGGAUAAAAGUACUGUUUGCACCUUUUUUCUCUUUGUAACUCCUUAUAAACCUUUUUGA